UUAUUCAUUCGUUAGUAGUAGCACUUUUAUCAACAUAAAUCCCAUUACGUUCUAUGUUCCCUCCCUUUGUUCGAUUAUUUCACUCUUAGAUACGGUAUAAUGUAGACAAAUCUCACUUCUGGCGUAUACGAACAUCUCUCAAUUAGCCGGCAUAGUGCAUUAAAUAUUUAAUAAGAAGUGUGGAGUGGCAAAUUAAACUUUGGCUCGAAUCGCUCGAAUGGAGACCUAUUCAAUGCAAAGAUAACAAAGAUAAGGCAAUAAAAAUAGCAGAACAGACCCUAACGCGUCAGUUGAUUUGGUUCAUAGUCAUUGAUCGUACCUCGGGAAAGCAUUCCUCUAGAAAGUGGCCAAGUUUUCGAAUAGAACGGAAUAGGAUGACAUCGUUACAAUUGGAUAACAUCUCGCCAAUGUUUAAUGGUGCCACGUUGAACGACAUUAUAAGCGAUUAUGGUGGUCACAAUUGCACAUCGUGGCAUUUCGAAGACAGCGGCUUAGGUAAGGGAGAUUGCUACUUGAGCGAGGUUUACCGGAUGCGGGUGGUGGACGACACGAGCCGAAAGGAUGACGACAAACCUCUCGAGGUGAAAUUGGUUAUCAAAACUAUACCGAAAAAUGUCGGAAGAAGGAAAACUUUCCGAUCAGCGGAUUUUUUUCGCAAUGAAAUCAAUUUUUAUAACAUCGUGAUGAAAGAGUUCUAUAAGUUCCAAGAGGAAAAACAGCCGAACAAUCCAUUUGAUGAAAGCAGCAAAUGUUUGGGGGCGUUUACCGAUGGAGUCCAUGAUUUUAUUGCUAUGGAGGAUUUGAAUCAGUUCGGAUAUGGAUCAGUCAGAAGACAGGACGGCGUGGCACUACCGGAAUGCAUGCUAUGUAUGCAGACACUUGGUCGUUUCCAUGCUCUGUCGUUGGCGAUGAAGGAUCAACGACCGGACAAGUUUCAUCUAUUGGUAAAAAGCAUCGAGGAAACAUAUUACGCACAGAUCCACAAGCCGUGGUACAACAAUUUCUUGCAAACGCAGAUAAGCAUCGCGAAAGACGCUGUCAGCCAGGAAUACGGCGGCACAGAGCUCGAAGAAAAAGUUAACAAGUUUUUCGACUGUGAUUUCUACGACAAAAUGGUAUAUUUGACACACACGCGAAAUCAAAACUCUGUUAUAAACCACGGCGAUUGUUGGAUUCCUAAUUUUUUGUUCCGCUACGAUGAAAACGGAGCUCCGGUUUCUAACAAAAUGAUUGACUUUCAGCUCGCCAGAUAUUCGUCGCCUGCGCUUGAUAUUUCCUUUUUCAUGUAUUCUUGUACCACCCAAAAGCUGCGGGAGGAACAUUACGAAGAUUUGCUUAAAACUUAUCACGACAGCUUAUCUGAUAUGUUACGCAAUUUAGGAUCAAACCCGGACGAACUAUUUUCGUACUCCGAUCUGCAGAAGGAGCUGCGCGAGUUUGCUCGUUUUGGCGUUGGCAUGGGCAUAGAAUCAAUUCCGUUUUCAUUAUUGGACGAAAACGAAGUUUCAGAUUUAGAUCAAAUACAGGGAGAAGAGGCUGUGCCGAUAGAGAAUGUUUGGGUUCUGAAAAAGAUUACCUCGAAGGAAGGGCGUCGUCGAUUAACCGACAUGUUCAAGCAUGCUUUAUCGUGCGGAUAUUUGGACUAAACUUUUUUCUUUUAUGUCUUGUGUUCAUUUGGAUAUGAAUGUAAUAAAUGUAUGUUUUUAACAUAAUGCAAUAUCCUGAA